CUUACACAAACUCCUCCUCGUCAAAAACCGGCCCGAAACCAUUUCUUUGCGGUGCCCUGUGAAAAAAGAUUUAAACCACGCACAAUAGUGGCUGGAUUUGUGUGUAUGAAAAAGAGAGGGAGAAGCGGAAAAAAUAAAGCGGCUGGUGUUCCCUCAAUCUCUCUCAUACUCGUGCGGGGAUUUUUUUCUCACUUGUUAUUGGCAACGUGUUUGGUGAGACUGUGCAAGAUUGGGAAGUGGACUGGAAGACUGGAAUAGAAGGCGAGAGUGAGAUUUGUCUGGGGAUGGAGUAAUGAGUGAGACCAGGCUUGGAAUAACUUCGAGCAGCCCCUGCAAUCCCCUGGGUUCCAGCAGCGUCAGGAACAUAGUGAAAAGAAUCGAAGAUUCCCUGAGCCAAACCUCCUGUACUUCAACGUGCGACGUUCUCCGGAAAUACAGCUGUCCUCCGACCAGGAAUUUGGACCCCAACACUGGAGCCCGGAAGGUCGCACCUUCGGGAAAGUCUGUGAUCUCUGUGGACCUUGGUUCAGUCAGAACCAGGCCAAAUGAGACUCCAUCGCCCAGACACAGAGCUUUGGGGUUGGGGGGUGGUGUUCAAGAUGGACGGGUUGUGAAGAGCUUACUGGAGACGAUGCACUCAUCGGGCAGUGUCCCCAAUCUCGGAGAUCACUUCAUCCCCCGCCACCGUGCCGUCAACAUUAAGCAAAAGAUUCUGCAAUGGGAGGGGAAAUCGAACGUUGUCUCCAGCACUGGCCAGCCCACGGAGGGCACGCUAUCCCCAGAGUGUGACAGUCCGCUUGCUUCUGAGGCAAAAACUGAGUGCCUGGCCGAUAGCAACAAGCGAGGCCUAGUGAAAACGAAAAGCCUGGGCCUAGAUUUCAGGGAAGAAUGGAAUGCAAGUGACCAAAAGGUGAACAGUACUGUGGAGAAAAAUGGGGGAGAAGCUAACUCAAGAGUGUUGUCUCCUGUCUGCCCUCAAGCAAAGAAAGUGGAUAGUUUGGCCAAGAACACUGUGGAUUCUGCAAAGCUGCUACCUCCAGGGAAUUUUUACACAUCCCAGAAAUUUUGGAAGAAGAUUCAAGACAUUCCACAGGAUGAAAAUGCAAUAUCUGCCUUGGAGCUGAAAAGGAAACGGGAAAGCUCCAGCUCAACUGAAAAAGACUUGGAUUUGACGAAUUUUAAGAACAGAGAGAUUGCCAGUAGGAAUACAGAGAACGUGUACAACACAGAUUCUGAGGAAACUGGAGAAUCGCGUGCAAUUAAUCCCGUUCCUAAACCUCGACGGACCUUUAAGUAUGCUGUAGAUAAAACUCCUGGUGCAAAAGGAAAUGGCCAGUCCACUCCCCCUCUGCCAACCCACCCCCCUCCUUCAACCAAGACACCUGGGACAGAAGCCCUACUAAUAAAGGCAAAAAGGAAAUCCUACGAGUUUGAGGACGCGGACGGUCUUAAGCUCCUCCUGACUCCCGCGGGGCGUGUGAAAAAACACGAACAAGGUGGCAAGGGUACCGAGAAGACACUUCCCCACACUCUAUCCGAAGAGAACAUCUACGAGGAUAUUAUAAGUCCUUCUAAGGAAAAUCCAUAUGAAGACGUCAAAUUCACCCCGUCACUCCUGUCCAGGGGAAGGCGAGUUUGGGGAUCGCCCACAAGUCGACCCAGGCGGCCCCCAGAGCUUCCACCAAAACCCCCCAUUCUGCUGGGACAAGCUCAGGAAAGUAAAACUCUGAAAGUGGCAGACCAGAGGAAGGUUGGUAAAGACGGCACAGUCCCUUUGCUCCGCUCCACUCCGUUGUCCAUAUCGGGCAACCCUGAAGACUCUGUCGCUGGAGACAUACUGGUGAAGAAAAGAAAGAAGAUCCCCCUGCUGGUUUUGAAGAUCCAGGCAGCGUACGACACUAAAAGAGGAAAGAAAAAAGUGAAGGCGUUUACAUCAUCAGGACCAGAGUCCACGCCACAGAAAGAUGAGAAUAGUGAGACGGAGAGUGAUACGGAGGAGCAGCAGAAAGCACACAGUCAGCGCUUGGUGCAUGUGCACUCCACGUUGAAGAGGAACGCACGCUACCAAACCCUAGAGCGAGAUUUAAUCGAGUUGCAGGAACAGCAGCUUUUUGAGUACUUUGUGGUGGUAUCUCUUCGCAAGAAGGUCCCCGCUAAUAACUAUGAGCCGCAGGUCACACAGCAGUUUCCGAGUAAGCUGGAGAAGUCGACGAGGCAGGCUCGUGAUGCCGAGGAGCGACUAAAGGCCAUCCCGCAGUUCUGCUUUCCAGACAUCAAUGAAUGGACUCCAGUUUCCCAGCUGAUCAGUGAGACCUUCUCCUUUGUUCUGACCGGUGAGGAUGGAAGCAGGAGGUUCGGGUACUGCAGGAAGCUAUUGCCGAAUGGGAAAGGCAAAAGACUGCCGGAGGUUUAUUGUAUCGUCAGUCGUCUAGGCUGCUUCAAUCUCUUCUCAAAGAUAUUAGAUGAAGUGGAGAAGAGAAGGGAGCUCUCGCCUGCCCUGGUCCAUCCUUUCAUGAGGAGCGUCAUGGAGGCCCCUUUCCCUGCUCCAGGCCGCGUCAUCACCGUGAAGAACUUCCUCCCGGGCUCAGGAAAUGAGGUUAUUGAGCUGUGUCGGCCCACUGACUCGAGACUGGAACACGUAGACUUUGAAUGCCUCUUUGGCUGUUUGAACGUCCGGUAUGUGAUCCACGUCUUUGCCUCUCUCCUCCUGGAGAGGAGAGUGAUCUUCAUCGCGGAUAAGCUCAGCACCCUGUCCAAGUGUGGGCACGCGGCUGUGGCAAUGCUCUACCCAUUCACCUGGCAACACACCUACAUCCCCGUGCUGCCCGCGGUCAUGAUCGACAUCGCCUGUUCUCCCACACCCUUCCUCAUCGGAAUCCUGUCCAACUCGCUGCCGCUGCUGAACGACCUGCCGAUCGAGGAGGUGCUGGUGGUGGACUUAUGUGGCAACAAGUUAUUGAGAAAGAUGGAUGACGAAGAUUCCAUCAUACCGCACAAACUACAAGCAGCACUGGAGCUGAUCUUGGAGCAGAGAAGUGAAAUGCUUGCUACAGAGGAGGGAGAGGGUGGUGCCCAGUACACUCUCAGCACACUGGUAUCGGAAGCAUGUGUCAGGUUCUUUGUGGAGAUCGCAGGUCACUACUCCCUCCACAUGUCGGUCAACGAGAAAGGCGAGCGGUGCUUCCAGAGGGAGGCCUUUCGCAAGUCCCACACCUCCAAGAGCAUCCGACAGUUCUUGGAGCUCUUCAUGGAGACACAGAUGUUCGCUGGCUUCGUGCAGGACCGAGAACUACGGAAAAGCGGCGUCAAAGGUCUCUUUGAGGUCCGAGCUGCGGAAUAUCUGGAGACCAUCCCCGAAACUGGACCAAGCAGCGUCAACAAGUUCCUCAAAGGCCUUGGGAAUAAGAUGAAAUUUCUUACCAAGAAAUGACAACCAGAUUUGGGGAUGCCAAGACUUUGCCACGGGAGUCCAUAAUGAAGCAUCUUCUAACCAGGCAGUAUAAGUGCCCCGGAAACAUUCCCUCCAGAAUUUGCCUUUGCUGGUCAUCGGACAGGCUGGAGUGACCUUGGCUCGUGCAGUUUGCCCCAAUGCCCGUGUCUGUGUGCAUGUUUUGCUGCACUCGCUUUGGAAGGAUUAUCCUGGCAAGUCACUGGAUUUUCCUUACGAUGAGGAAUGGCAGCCCGCCUUAAAACAGCACGCCCGUUUUCGGGCCCACAACACAAUGGAAGGAAUCGGAAGAGGUUCCGAUCGGAUGCAAGAUAGAUGUGAAUGGAAGAGAUCGCUGGAUCAUGCUCGGUGAUCUACGCACAAAGAGAUGUCCCUGCUAAACAAGUGUCCAAUUCACAUUGCUCUGCCGUUCUAUCUAACUCCACACCACACGCAAAAGAGCUGUUCUUAAUGUGACUUUCACUAUUUGAAUGUGUUCUCAGGAUGUGGUUACCCCCCCUUGAAGUAAUUGGUAUCUUAAACUUACUUGCACAGAUUUGACACAAAAUGGCACAUCAAAGUGGCCAUAUUUUAGAUGAGAGUAUCGGGGAAAGUAUGUGGCACUCUUACCCCCACACCACCCCUCCCCUCUGCCAUCAAUGUCCGAGUGUGGAUUCACUCAUACUGGUGCACUCACAGUGUCCCACACUCUGGAAGCUGGUGGUUCAUUUUAUCACUGGGAUCGGAACUCGAAUCGGCCUCGAAUUUGGUGGUGGACGGGUAGACGAAGGGGGAUUGGUGAUUGUUAGCAGCCAGCCGAGGGCCAAAUCAGGACCCCUGCAUCUCACACUGGCUCCAGAGUCAACCAAGACAAAAAAAAUGUGAUAGAUAUUUGUGAGUCGCUGUGGGUGUCAUGAUGGGGGAGGGGAGGGGAGGGGAUUAAAAGGAAUUUUCCCUUUAAAUAUCCAGAUUGUUUCGAGCGGAAUAUCUUGGAUUUGGAAAAUGUUAAUGUAUGUAAAGGAAAGUUAUGGUUGGAUUACAGGCUGGAGUUCUCAUUCACGUCGGUGUACUACACAACAUUCUAUUGUGUUAUAUCAUCUCAAAACUGUAUGGAACAUCACCCUCUCCUGAACAGGCACAAGUAUGUCCUACUGCUACUUGCCCUCAGCCGCACCAACCCUCUUAAUUUGUCAGGUUACCCUUCUGGGAGGACACAAAGUGCUGGGGUCCCUCGGCAGCUCGGGUAGCAUCGCUGUGGAACAUGGACAGGUGACGUUUCAAGUCUGGAUCCUUCUUUGUUAAAGAAGGAACUGCAGAUGCUGGAAAAAUCGAAGGUACACAAAAAUG